AUGUCAAAUGAAGAAUAUGAUCAUCUUUAUAAAAUAAUUUUAGUUGGAGAUGCAACUGUAGGUAAGACACAUUUAUUGUCAAGAUAUAUAAGAGGUUCUCUUCCUAGUGUUUCAAAAGCAACAAUUGGUGUCGAAUUUGCUACAAGAACUAUCCCAUUAGCAGUAGGAGGAACAGUAAAAGCUCAAAUAUGGGAUACCGCUGGUCAAGAAAGAUAUAGAAGUAUAACAAGUGCUCAUUAUAGAAGAAGUGCUGGGGCUAUAUUAGUUUACGAUAUAACAAAAAAGAAAACGUUUUUGAGUAUUUCUAAAUGGUUAGAAGAAAUUAGACAAAAUGCUGACAAAGAUAUAGUAAUUAUGUUAGUUGGUAAUAAAGUAGAUCUUACCGAACAGGACGAAAGUAAAAGAAAAGUUACAUAUGAACAAGGAGCUAAUUUUGCAAAGGAAAACAACUUAUUUUUUGCUGAGACUUCAGCUGUUUCAAAAUUAAAUGUAAAGCAUAUAUUUGAAAGUCUAUUACAAGAAAUAUAUAAUAAUAGAUUAAAAAAUAAUAACGGGAGUUUUAGUAACAGAAGCAAUGCUACAUGUGAAAGUGCAAUACAACUAACUAAGGCUCAAAGUGUUAUCAAGUUAAAUGAUAAAAAUGAAAAUGAAAUCGAAGAGGAUAAUAAAAAUAAAGUGAAAUGCUGCUAA